AUGUCCACCCGAGGACGUUCCCCCUCUCCGCGCAGCGGACGCGAUGACGACGUAGACAUGGAUCGUGGCCGCUCCAGGACGCCUCCGCCUCCAUCCCAAGACGGGCCGCGCGUGAUCAUCAUACAGAACCUGACGCGCAAUGUCGCGGAAGUGCACCUACGCACCAUAUUCGGAUUCUACGGGAAUAUCACUACUGUAGAUCUUCCUAUAUAUAUAAAAUCCGGGCAGAAUAAAGGCAAGGCGGCGCUCGAGUACGACGACACGGUUGGGGCAGAAAAGGCAGUUGCCCACAUGAACAAUGGUCAACUCGACGGAGCGGUACUUUCUGUCGCUCUGAGCGACUUGCCUAUCCGAAAACGGUCUCGUUCUCGCUCGCCACUACCACCUCCACGUGGGCCUCCUCCACCCCGCGGCUACGUCCCCCGCCUCGCUACGGCCGUGCAAGAUAUAGUCCCGGUCUUCGUCCUGGCAGCCCUCCUUACCGCCGCGGUCCGCCCCCACGUGGUGGCGGAGGUGGACGAUACGGCUACCGUCCGCGGUCACGCUCUCGGUCUCCCCUUCCUCGCCGUGGCCCCGGUCUGCCACCUCGCCGACGGAGUCCGAGCUACGAACGCGGAGGCUACGCGCCAAACCGACGCGGGCGCACACGCUCUCGCAGCGCGAGCUACAGCGUUCGCUCCAGCCGCUCGCCGUCGCGUUCGAUUAGCCGGAGUCGUUCCCCCCGCAGCAGGUCUCGCAGUUUCUCGUCCAGAAGCAGGAGUCGCACCCCAUUGUCGCGCUACAGUAGGAGCCGUAGCCGGUCACUGA